AUGGCUCCCGCCGUCGGUAUUGAUCUGGGAACCACCUACUCCUGUGUGGGUGUCUUCCGUGAUGACCGCAUUGAAAUCAUCGCCAACGACCAGGGUAACCGCACCACCCCCUCCUUCGUCGGUUUCACCGACACCGAGCGUCUCAUCGGUGAUGCCGCCAAGAACCAGGUCGCUAUGAACCCCCACCACACUGUCUUCGACGCCAAGCGUCUCAUUGGCCGCAAGUUCCAAGACGCUGAGGUCCAGGCCGAUAUGAAGCACUGGCCCUUCAAGGUCAUUGAGAAGGCCACCAAGCCUAUUGUCGAGGUUGAGUUCAAGGGUGAGACCAAGCAGUUCACCCCCGAGGAAAUCUCCGCCAUGAUCCUCGUCAAGAUGCGUGAGACCGCUGAGGCCUACCUCGGUGGUACCGUCAACAACGCUGUCAUCACUGUCCCUGCCUACUUCAACGACUCUCAGCGUCAGGCUACCAAGGACGCCGGUCUCAUUGCCGGUCUCAACGUCCUCCGUAUCAUUAACGAGCCCACUGCUGCUGCCAUUGCCUACGGUCUUGACAAGAAGGUCGAGGGUGAGCGCAACGUCCUGAUCUUCGAUCUUGGUGGUGGUACCUUCGAUGUGUCUCUCCUCACCAUUGAGGAGGGUAUCUUCGAGGUCAAGUCCACUGCUGGUGACACUCACCUUGGUGGUGAGGACUUCGACAACCGUCUCGUCAACCACUUCGUCAACGAGUUCAAGCGCAAGCACAAGAAGGACUUGACCACCAACGCUCGUGCCCUCCGUCGUCUCCGCACUGCUUGCGAGCGUGCUAAGCGUACCCUCUCUUCCGCUGCCCAGACCUCCAUCGAGAUCGACUCUCUCUUCGAGGGUAUUGACUUCUACACCUCCAUCACCCGUGCCCGUUUCGAGGAGCUCUGCCAGGACCUCUUCCGCGGCACCAUGGAGCCCGUCGAGCGUGUCCUCCGUGACGCCAAGAUCGACAAGUCCUCCGUUCACGAGAUUGUCCUCGUCGGUGGUUCUACCCGUAUCCCCAAGAUCCAGAAGCUCGUCUCCGACUUCUUCAACAAGGACCCCAACAAGUCCAUCAACCCCGAUGAGGCCGUUGCCUACGGUGCUGCCGUCCAGGCCGCUAUCCUGUCUGGUGACCAGUCCUCCAAGUCCACCAACGAGAUCCUCCUGCUCGAUGUUGCCCCUCUGUCUCUCGGUAUCGAGACUGCUGGUGGUGUCAUGACUGCUUUGAUUAAGCGUAACACCACUAUCCCCACCAAGAAGUCCGAGACCUUCUCCACCUACUCCGACAACCAGCCCGGUGUCCUGAUCCAGGUCUUCGAGGGUGAGCGUGCUCGCACCAAGGACAACAACUUGCUCGGAAAGUUCGAGCUCACUGGCAUUCCCCCCGCCCCCGUGAUUGAGGUUACCUUCGACCUUGAUGCCAACGGAAUCAUGAACGUUUCCGCCGUCGAGAAGGGUACCGGCAAGUCCCACAAGAUCACCAUCACCAACGACAAGGGCCGUCUCUCCAAGGAGGAGAUUGAGCGCAUGCUGUCCGAGGCUGAGAAGUACAAGGAGGAGGAUGAGGCUGAGGCCACCCGUAUCCAGGCCAAGAACGGCCUUGAGUCCUACGCCUACUCUCUCAAGAACACCCUCAGCGAGGGCAAGCUCCAGAUCAGCGAGGAUGACAAGAAGAAGGUUGAGGAGAAGAUCACUGAGGUCAUCUCUUGGCUCGACAACAACCAGACUGCUGAGAAGGACGAGUACGAGUCCCAGCAGAAGGAGCUCGAGGCUGUUGCCAACCCCAUCAUCUCCGCUGCCUACGGUGGUGCCGCUCCCCCCGGUGCUGACGCCGGUGCCGGUGGUGCCCGCUCCGCCGAUGAGGUUGAGGAGAAGCCCGAGGAGCUUGACUAA